AAAGAUAUUUUUUUACUUAACUUCCCCCUUUCAGGAAUUUGUUUAAAGGGGAUCCCUUUAUUUGCUGUAGUGCAUUUCAAUAAGUAUAUUAAAUAAUCCAUCCAGUUUCUAUACUGCUUCUACUGUUCAGAGUCCCAGGUUAGCUGGAGCAAAAGGAGGACUUUACUACACUACUCUGUUAGCCUUGUUUUGAGAUAGACUACCCACAAAUUUGGAUUACGUGGCAGCAAGAGGAACAAAACUCUAUCAUAAACCGAGGACCUUUGUAUUAUUUUUGAAAUCAUUGGUCGAUUGAAUAUAUUGUGAUAAAUAAAACACAACAAACCAUGUUCUAUGUUGCUUUAUGUCCCUCCUGGAAAGGUAGAGCUCCCCUUUUACAGAUGCCAUGAGUGUUGCGGUCAAGAAGUGUGCUAUGAUGACACACCCCAGUAGCGAAAGUCAUUUUACAGACGCCCUUCUGCUGGGUUUAGAGGGCGUCAAGAAGAAAAUCUUGCAUGGUGGGACCGGAGAAAUCCCCAAAUUCAUCACUGGGGCAAAGGUGACCUUUGACUUCCGCACCACACUGUGUGAUGAUGAGCGCACGGUGAUAGAUGACAGCAAGGCUGUGGGCACCCCCAUGGAGAUAGUGAUUGGCAACAUGUUCAAACUGGACAUCUGGGAGAUGCUGCUGGCUUCCAUGAGGAUCGGAGAGGUGGCCGAGUUCUGGUGUGACACCAUUCACACCGGCGUGUACCCGCUUGUGUCCAAGAGCAUGAGACGCAUUGCAGACGGCAAAGACCCCGUGGACUGGCACGUUCGCACGUGUGGCAUGGCCAACAUGUUUGCCUACCACAGUCUGGGCUACGACGACCUGGAUGAGUUGAUGAAGGAGCCCAAGCCUCUCUUCUUCAUUCUGGAACUGCUCAAGGUGCUGCAGCCCAGUGAGUACAACAGGGAGUCUUGGGCGUUGAAUGAUGAGGAGAGGCUGAAGGUGGUACCCGUGCUGCACGGUCAGGGGAACAAGCUCUUCAAGCAGGGACGUUACCAAGACGCCACGCUCAAAUACAAGGAAGCCAUCAUUUGCAUCAAAAACGUGCAGACAAAGGAGAAAGCAUGGGAAGCUCCAUGGCUGAAGCUGGAGAAGAUGGCCCACACCUUAACACUCAACUACUGCCAGUGUCUCCUACGCAUAGAGGAGUACUAUGAGGUCAUCGAACACACCAGUGACAUCAUUAACCAACACCCAGGUGUCAUGAAGGCCUACUACCUGCGUGGGAAGGCCCAUUUGGAGGUGUGGAAUGAGGCUGAGGCCAGGCAGGACUUCAGCAAGGUUUUGGAUCUAGACCCGGGCAUGAAAAAGGCUGUGAAAAAGGAACUGGCAGUGCUGAACAUGCGCAUAGAGGAGAAGAACGAGGAGGACAGGAACAAAUACAAGGGCAUGUUUUGAAGUGACUUUGACAUGCAAGGAGGCACUUCACAAACUUUAUUUAAAAAAAAAAGAUUAUCAUAUUGGAUUUGACUCAUUUGUUGAACUGCUCUCUCUAUGUUUGCUAAGUUCAUGUUUAAUUUGUUUGGAAAUCACUGUCACUAUCCAUGCACCUCUUAUGAAGGGGCCUAUUAAGUAAAUCCUCGUCACCGGCGUAAAGAAAAAGAAAGUAAUCCUGCGUCUUUCCACGAGGUGUCACUCAAUCCACAUGUACCGUCUGCUCGUGUUUGAUUGCGGGUGUAGCAGGGGAUCCUGCAGGAGUCAUGAAUCCAGCCCGCAGCGCAACUUCAUGAGCAGCCCAGAGGCUCAUAAAAUGAAAUCAUGUGGGCUGUA